CCAGCUCCUGAGAUUACAGUUGGAGAUUAUAGCCGUUAAACUUCCAUCACUUGGGGCAUGCAUUUAUGUAAGGGGGCUGGGGGCAGGCGAGGAAGGGGAUUGAAGGCUGAUGGGGAAGCUCAGAAAAUUCUCCGCAUUACUUGUAAACAGCUUGUUAAGGUCAAGAAGCUAGCCACGUUUUACUCUUUCCUACGCCUUGGGGGAUUGUUGGAAUUUUACUUUAUGCUUCCUGAAUUAGUCUUCUUGUAAUCUGGCUCACAACAUUUGAGCAAUGCAGCAAGUGUUGGAUAACCUUACAGAGCUGCCCUCAUCUACAGGAGCAGAAGAAAUAGACCUUAUUUUCCUCAAGGGGAUUAUGGAGAAUCCUAUUGUAAAAUCACUUGCUAAGGCUCAUGAGAGGCUAGAAGAUUCAAAACUAGAAGCUGUCAGUGACAAUAACUUAGAAUUAGUCAAUGAAAUUCUUGAAGAUAUCACUCCUUUAAUAAAUGUGGAUGAAAAUGUGGCAGAACUGGUUGGUAUACUCAAAGAGCCUCACUUCCAGUCACUCUUGGAGGCCCAUGAUAUUGUGGCAUCAAAAUGUUAUGAUUCACCUCCAUCAAGCCCAGAAAUGAAUAAUUCUUCUAUCAAUAAUCAGUUAUUACCAGUAGAUGCCAUUCGUAUUCUUGGUAUUCACAAAAGAGCUGGGGAGCCAUUGGGUGUAACAUUUAGGGUCGAAAAUAAUGACCUGGUAAUUGCCCGAAUCCUUCAUGGGGGAAUGAUAGAUCGACAAGGUCUGCUUCAUGUGGGAGACAUCAUUAAAGAAGUCAAUGGCCAUGAGGUUGGAAACAAUCCAAAGGAAUUACAAGAAUUAUUGAAAAAUAUUAGUGGAAGUGUCACCCUAAAAAUUUUACCAAGCUAUAGAGAUACCAUAACUCCUCAACAGAGUUGCAUCAAUAUGGAGAGGCAUCCAGCACACGUCCGUCAGGUAUUUGUGAAAUGUCAUUUUGAUUAUAAUCCAUACAAUGAUAACCUGAUACCCUGCAAAGAAGCAGGAUUGAAGUUUUCAAAAGGAGAAAUUCUUCAAAUUGUAAACAGAGAAGAUCCAAACUGGUGGCAGGCUAGCCAUGUAAAAGAGGGAGGAAGUGCUGGUCUCAUUCCAAGCCAGUUCCUGGAAGAGAAGAGAAAGGCAUUUGUUAGAAGAGACUGGGACAAUUCAGGACCUUUUUGUGGAACCAUAAGUAGCAAAAAAAAGAAAAAGAUGAUGUAUCUCACAACCAGAAAUGCAGAAUUUGAUCGUCAUGAAAUCCAGAUAUAUGAGGAAGUAGCCAAAAUGCCUCCCUUCCAGAGAAAGACUUUAGUAUUGAUAGGCGCUCAAGGUGUGGGACGAAGAAGCUUGAAAAACAGGUUUAUAGUGUUGAAUCCCACUAGAUUUGGAACUACAGUGCCAUUUACUUCACGGAAACCAAGGGAAGAUGAAAAAGAUGGUCAGGCAUAUAAAUUUGUGUCACGUUCUGAGAUGGAAGCAGAUAUUAAAGCUGGAAAAUAUUUGGAACAUGGGGAAUAUGAAGGAAAUCUCUAUGGAACCAAAAUUGAUUCUAUUCUUGAAGUUGUCCAAACUGGACGAACUUGCAUCUUGGAUGUCAACCCACAAGCCUUGAAAGUGCUGAGGACAUCCGAGUUCAUGCCCUAUGUUGUAUUUAUUGCUGCUCCAGAACUAGAGACGUUACGUGCCAUGCACAAGGCAGUGGUGGAUGCUGGCAUCACUACUAAGCUUUUGACGGACUCUGACUUGAAGAAAACCGUGGAUGAAAGUGCACGAAUUCAGAGAGCAUACAACCACUAUUUUGAUUUGAUCAUCGUAAACGACAAUCUAGACAAAGCCUUUGAAAAACUACAAACUGCCAUAGAGAAGCUGAGAAUGGAGCCACAGUGGGUCCCAAUCAGCUGGGUUUACUGAUGAUUCACUAAGGUUCAGAAUGGAAAUAAAACUUUUUAAAAGUGACUGCAACAAAUAAGCCUUCUACUGAGAAAAUACAUGCACAGAUAGACAAUAUCUGCCAAGUUUAGGCAUUUUUAUUGUGUAGAUUGAAAUACCAGUACACUAUUCUGAAUUUUUAUAUAAAAUGUGGUUGGGAAGGUGUACUAAUAUAUAAUUUAUCUUAAUUUUUCUAACUUUUUAUGGAUAAUAUUUCUAUUCAUACCACAUAAAGAAAUGCGUUGAAGCAUUUUGUAUAUGUUUUGAUUUAGUACCCUUGCCUUUUUCAUCAAAGGAAUUUUCAAAUCCUUCAUUCUCAUAUUGGUCUCCCAUUUUCACUGUGAUAAUGAAUACUUGAAAUAGUUUUGUAAAGCUGUCCUUUGGUUCAGUAUCAACUAGUGAAGGGUCAGUUACUCUUAGGAAAAAAUUGUAGUUAUUGGCCUUCUUUCCUAAUACAAGUUCUUACAGAAGCAGGACUGUAACGUCAGUGCCAUCCAAGGCUGACAUUGAAAGUCUGCUCAACACUACAUGGCUUCAUUAUUUCAAAGAUAGAUGGCUAUCCAUUCUAAUUUAAACAAAUAUAUUGGUUUCUUUUCCCUUCAUUUCUAUCUUGAGGGGAAAAGUGAAGAGCAAUAGUUGGCACUCUCAUUUGUUGCCAUGACAGGCUGAUGCUUGAGUGAAUGUGUCCCCAGCAAGCAAGGCCAUGCAGGCAUGCAGGCUGAGAGAGUGCCUUAUCCUGUAACACGUAAACCGACACAAAGUUGAUUUAUUUUCACAUGUAGAAAUUUGACAAAAAUGAGCCUACUGCUUUCAACAGGUUUUCAUUAGGAUACGGUCAGCAAAUGUAUUAUGCCUCUGCAAAUUUUUUUGAUGCUUUAAAAUGCCUCUAAGUUUGCAAGUGGGGGAUUUGGUGAACAAUCAGUGUGCUUUUUUUGAAGUGGGAUGUGAUUGUUAGAAUAUUUGUUAAAUCUGUUGUGUUGAGAACCAAAUCCAUUGAACAAUUUAUAAGAUUUGCAAAUAACUGUAAGCCGUUUCAUCCAUAUGUAAUAUAUACAUUAUAUAAUAUGUACAUUGUAUGUAUUAUAUAAUAUAUAUUAAAAAAGGUUUCAUAUAUUGUUUUUACGUUUCUGUUAGGAAAUGUACUUUUUUGUUUAAUGAUUAGGAAAACAAAACAGCUCCCCUCCUUUAGAUGCGUUAACAUACUCAGAUUUUUAAGAUUCAUCUCCAUUUGUAUCUCCCUUUAGGAUUCUUACAUGGUAUAUAUUCUUCCUCAAACAUAUUUAGAGAUGUAGCUCAUCAUUAAACUAAGUUAGCCAUGUUUUAUAUUGCUGCCAACUUUUCACAGGGACAGUAUUCACACUUAAAAGGUUAGGUGCUUAAAUAUUAGUGGUCAUCUUUGUCAGUGGUAGGCAUUAGACACCUGGCUGUUGAAUUUGUUUUCUUCUCAGCAAAGCUGUCACAUGGAAUGCCAGCCAGGAGCACUUAGAGGGAAGAGAAAAUACACGGCAGUAAGCAGUAUGCACACAUUGCUUUAAAUCUUUUUAACAAUGAAACAACGCCCAAGUUGCUGUAUGGUUAAGAGUGGAAAUCUAUAGGUAUUUUUUUCUAGAAUUUCAUAUCCAGAACACAAAUUAAUGUUCUUUGUCCUAGCAUAGGACAUCAGUGGCAAAAUGAAUCAUACCCUUUUAAUAACUUUGGUAACUUUUAAACGACGUAUAUUUACAUCAGAAUUCUGGCUUCUCAAAGCAACCUGAAUCAAAGCACAGUGUCAAGGUAAUAUCUUAUGACUUAAUGUUUCAACAUACUAUAAAUUUUAAGAGAAGUUUCAUUUUCAUGUUCUCAGGAAAUGUGCUGUCUUCUAUGGUAUGCCUUCAUGCUGCUGCAUGGAGCCUCUGUGAACAACUGUACGAUCAUCGUAACAGCACAAGUUUAUCCACAAAAAUAUUUCAACUGUCUUGACAUGAUAGAGAUGAUUUUUACAUCAUAUAUAUUUUUAGCUUUAUCAUCUAGCAUAAAAUGCAUAUUAGAAAAUAGUCUAUACUUAAAGGAAUUAUUUCUAUUAUAAAUUGUAUUCAUGACUAAUUAAUACACACUUGAUUCCCCAUAAUAUAAAAUGAAAUAAUGCUCUUUAGUUAAUUUCAGUCAAGAUGCCAGAGCUGAAGGGAAUAAAUUCAGAGAAGUUAUUUCAGUCCAGAUGCCAGAGCUGAAGAGAAUAAAUUCAGAGAAGUUCAUUGUAUCUCAAUAGAGUCAUUGAACUUGAAACUGAAGUCUCAUCUGAGUCUGCAGGACCUGGCAGAUCUCUGCUGGGGCAAGGAGUCCCAAGGGCCCCAGUAGUCUCCCAAGGCAACAAGAGUAUAGUUGUAAUCAAGGAAAUGUGAAUCUCUCUUGUGGGAAAUAUACAAAAUAAUGAGCUUUACCGAAGAGAAAUGGUUUAAAGUGAUGUUGAACAACUGAUAAUAGUUAAAAUACACAUGCACCUGCAUAUGCUUUUGGGAAAUGUGCCAAUACGUUAAUGCACAUGAGCAUUCUUUGUAGACAGAUGAAUGUCCACAUUCAGCAUUCAGGGCAUGACUAUUUCCAUACAACUAAAUAUUAUGUGUGUAUAUAUAUAUAUAUAUUUUAUUUUCAAAUGUACAAAUACCCAUAGAAUUGAUGUUCCUGGGUAAGCCAUAUAACACUGUAACUAGUGGAAUACAUGCGAUGCAUUGCAAGUAGAGUUUCACUUUUGUUCUAGCCAUGCCUUGAUUAUGCAGUCUCUAUUUCUGUUUGGUAUUUGGAUAAUAUCAAUCCAAUACAUCAGGACUUUGUUUACUUUUAUCAAUUCUAACUAUACAGUUGCUGAACAUAGCUUUUUAAAAUGGAAAUCAUAAGCCCAUGAACGACUACAGCAAUAGUAGCCUGAAUCUAGAUUCUAGAAUCUAGUAAAUUUACUUAUAGUAACUUAUAAGGACAACUUUUCUUUAAAAGAGCAAAUUGAUUAACACAAAUUUAGAAAAUAAUGCAAAUUAGCAAUAAAAUACAAUAGGGUAGCAUUAUAGAUUAUGGCCAGAUACUAACUGCUUUGACCAUACUUCUUAAUGACAAUAAAAGAUGAUCUUUGCUUUAACAAUUCAUUAAAUUGCUGCUUGUUGUUAGGUAAAACAACAAGUGUCAUAAUCUAGUAAUUGGAGUUGAUUUUCAAGAUGGAUAGCCAUGGAGUUAGGUACAGUUACUUUAAACUGGUAAAUAUUGAACAUCAAGUUCUAAAAAUUGGUCAAAAUAGCGAUCUACUUAACAUUGUACUUUUAUGACUUCUGAAACAACACUCCAUUUUCCAGAAAUCAUAGGAUAGGGAGCCAAUAAUUUUGUAGUAAUGAAUCUUUAUACUAAAUAUGAAAAAAGAAAUCCUGAACUUUUAUGUACAUAUAUAGGUCAUUUUUUUAAUGUCUCAGUCACCAUAUAUAUUAAUAAUAUAUAUACAGCCAUAUGUAUAAUAUGUAAAACUUUCCCAAACUACAUGAAUAAUAAAACUAAAUGUGUUUACCCAUGUAAUUAUAGCUAGUGUUCUUAAAUGUUUACUCCCAAAUUCUUAGACCUUCUGAAACUUUUUUUUUUCAUGUUGUUUUAUAAGACUCUGGUUUUACCUUGAGGCAGAUACUAAUCUCCUUUUUGAAAAAAAAUGUAUGAUGAAAUUCAGAUCAGAAAAUUAUCACUAUAACAAUUUCCUUAAGGAAAAAGGACAGAGUUCUAAAUGGCAUUGUCUUGGGAAAUACUUAUUUAAGCUUUCAAAUGAAUUUGUGAUAUGACUCAGAUUUAGAGAUUGGGGUAACUGCCCUCCUCUUCUAAUGGAUUUGCUGUGAAAAUAUCUGUGUAAUAAUAUCUGCAUUUUUAGUUUUGGGAGAAAUUCAGUAUUUUAAAUAAUGGCAUUAUUGUAUAUAGUACAAGUGAAUAUUCACAAACUUUUUUUUUUUAUGUUUAUUUAUUUUUGAGAGAGAGAGCGCAUGAGUGGGGGAAGAGCAGAGAGAGAGGGAGACACAGAAUCCAAAGCAGGCUCCAGGCUCUGAUCUCUCAGCACAGAGCCUGACACAGGCCUUGAACUCACAAACCGUGAGAUCAUGACCUGAGCCGAAGUCGGACGCUUAACUGACUGAGCCACCCAGGUGCCCCUAUUAUUCACAAACUUUUAAGAAUACAACUAAUAAUUCAGCAUAUGAGUUUUUGAGUAUACAUUGCAUAUCUAAAGGAGAUAACUCUUUAAUUCUUUAAGGUAAGAUGAUUUUUAAAUUUUUUGUUAGCUUCAAGUUUUAUUCAUUUUUAAAUAUUUCCCAUCCAUUAUGUUACUUUUUUGUGUUCCUGGAAUUAUUUAGUGCACAGAAUCAAAAAUGAGUCUUUAACACAGUAAAAAGUGAAGGAACGACAUCUCAUUUCCAAGGUAAGAAUUUUAAAGCAUGGUUCUCUACCACUCCUGCAGUACAUGGCAGUACUUUCUUUAAAAUAAUCUCUUUUGUUAAAAAUAGAGAUGGUGUACUUCUAGCUGAGAUCCUAAUUCUGAUUCUUGACCACCUGACCUUUGAUAAAAUUUAUAUCUCCCUUUACUUUUAAUAUUCCACUAGUUAAAUAAGGCUAGCUUAAUAUUUGUCUUCACCUUAAAUUACAAGAAGCAAUUUGUAUCUCUGAUAUAGUAAAUGCUAGACUGGGAAAUCCUUAUUAGGCUGCUUUAUCCAUUUAUUUUAUGUAUUCACUUAUAUUGAGGUUGUUUACCAUUUAGUUUUUUUUAAAAGUGCAUCUCUUUCAGAGGUUACAUAAUGAAUGGUACAUACCAUUCAAGAAUCUUACCUCCAGUUUUAAAACAGCUCUGAGGUUGUAGUUCCAGCCUUGGAAGAGGGCCUUUUCUGCUCUCAGUGGCGUUGGUCAGGAGAGUCAUUUAGUUUAGAAUGCCACCUCUAAGUCCAAACCUUUAGCGAAUUCUUGCUGUUACUCACAAAAUUUAAGCAAUCCAGUACUCUCUUACAUCCAACCACAUUCUAAUCUUUGCCCCCCUUAAAGCUGCCCUACCUUAAUUCUUAUGGCUGAAAUUUAUCACUGCAGCCCUAUUGUUUAGCCCAUAGUAUUAAGUUUAAAAGGCCUCUGUUUAUUUAUAGGGAGAAAUGUUUGGCUAGACCCACUUAGUGGACCUUGAAUCCAAUAUGAAGAUAUCUUAGUUGCAUUCUUUCUCAUAGCUUCGUGGCUGUUGGCUGAUAAUGCUGUGCUGUGAUGAAUGUGACUUGCCUCCACAUGCCAGUCAGCCAGAAGUGACAGUUCCUUCCCUUUUUUCCCCUACUAGUUUUUACUGUUUUCUAAUUUCUAGCACAAACUGAAUGAACACAGCUACAGUUAAUGUAAAUGCCACUUAAUACUUGGGAGAGCAAUUGACUCCAUGCUUGUAAACCUGUCUUGAGUCCUACUGAAUAGGUAUGGUUGUUGCCACAAAGCAGAAGCUAAAAGGUCUGAUCUUACAAGUUGGACUGGAUAUUUUUGUUGUACUUUAGCCACAGCAAACUCUGGGGGCAGAAACCUACACAUAUGGCAGGCCAUACCUGAAAUUUAGCUUUCCUCCUAUCAGUCAAGGUGGCCUGAGAGCUUGGAGGAAGUGGAAAAAAGCAGAGCACUCAAAACUCCUCAGCUAUAAAUUACCACUAUUAAACCAGAAGUCAUCACCAGUUAACAUAUGUGGGUUUUGUCUUAUUCUUAAAUAGGAGAGAUGGGCAGUGGGACAAAUAAUGUUGCUUUGAAGACAUAAAGCUUGUUCUGGUAAACGUGGUCCAAAUGAGGAAUGCCUUCAUCUUUUCAGGUAGAACCAAAUUUGAAGAAUAGCUCAUCUCAUCUGUAAUUGAAAUAUAAGAUAAAUAUUCCUUUUGGUUGUGUGUCCUCUUUGAAAAAGAACAACCAACUGCUGUUUCUUUGGUAAUGUUGACUUUUAAGGAAGUGGGAUCUAGGGUUUUGCUGGAGAAGAAUGAGCACGAGGGUUCAGCAAAACAAGUGUAGUUUUCUGCAUGUUGAGUUCUGUUAGAGCCCAUGGUGAGUAUUGGAUGUGAAAACCUUGCUUUGGGGUCCCCCUCCCCAUUUCAGUUUGGUAUAUCUCUAUUUUGAACACAAAUGCAUGCUGUUUUUAACCUCUAGUCUUUGAAAUGGUUGUAGAACUUUUUUUUUUUUAACAGAAGACAAAAUGCUUGUUAGCAACCUAAAAAUAAAAGCUGAACAAGCUGCUUAAGUUUUCUAAUGAAAAAGUUUAAAAAUAAAAUUUGAUUGCUGCUGCUUUCCAAGUAAUUGUAUUAUUCCUGUAUAAAAGAAACAUUACUGCUGUCCUUGUAUAAAUAAAAUUUUCCUGCAGUACAAUUAAGUAUUGAGUUUUCAGAAACUGUCCCUAUAAAUUUUUUUUGCAUAUUUCCAUAUCCUGUCCAAACAUGGGAGAUUGUAUAUUCCAGGUAAACUAUUUUUGUAUAUAUAAAAAUAAAUAUUUAAUAUUGCAAACAA